AUGAAGUCAGAGUAUGAGAAAAUGAAAGAGCAGAUGGAGCAAGACAGGAAAAACCCAAAGGGGUCCUCGCGCAGAGACAGAGGAAAGAAAAAAGAAGGCGAGGAGAGGGAAAAGCGCGCGGACAUAGACGAGAAAGAGCUGGAGGCCAAGAUGUCGGAGGCGGAGCGCCUAGACCUGUGCAUGCUGGACCCCGAGGAGUUUGCGCAGCAGCUGACAUACACGGAAGUGAAAAUACUGAUGGACAUAACCCCAGUUGAAAUACUCCAGUUCAGCUACGAAAACGAAGAAGCGGCAUCUCCCACCAUUGCAGGAUACCUAAGGUUUACAAACGGGCUGUCCUCCUAUGUGACCGCGAGCAUUCUGGAGUGCAUGGAGGAGGCGCAGGACAAGGUAAGCGCAAAGAAAAAGUUCCAUGGGCAGAGCGAGGCGGCGGCCGCACAGACCCACUGGAAAGACGUGAUGAAGAGGCUUCUUGACAAGAACAACAGAAACAGCAUAGGCGCGGUGUUCCGCGGAAUUAUGAAAACCAGCCCGUCAAGGAUACUGAAAGAGGAAAUAUCGGACAUCCUCAGAGAGGCCUCGGAUGCAGUCUCGCACCAGACAGAGAAGGGGAUGCAGGCAACCAACCUCCUCUACAUACGAGACGUGAAAACGCUGGAAAAGCAUCUGAUUGACGCCAGCUAUAACAAGGGGGACAAAGAGUCGCCGAACAAGUUCAAGCGCAUAAUAGAGUACUUGAACUACAUAAGGUCGCACUCCCAGGUCGAGGUGGACAAAAAGAUAAACCACGCGAUUAUGCACACGCUCAAAAACGCAAAAGACGUUAGAAUAUCUGCAGCCAAGGACAGCUCGGUCUUCUAUACAGGGUGUUUUUUAUUUUUGGAGCACUCGAGUUUCAUUGCGCUUGAGUAA